AUGGGGAAAAAAACAAAGAAGGAAGCAGAACCUCAAUCCAAAACUAUGUUUGAACCACUGCCCAUUGAGAGCAAGAGCGCUGCAACAGUGAUUCUCAUGCUUCAGUCUCCUGAGGAAGAAGUGUUGGUCAAAGCCCUUGAAGCCAUCUGCAGAUUUGCAGAGAAAGAUGAUAAGAACAAGAGCUCUUUGAUUGCGUUGGGGGCAAUGAAACCACUCACUCACCUUAUAACACAUAACAGUAAAACUGUUUGCAGACACGCUUACAUGGCUCUGGGAGUCAUGGUUUCAGACAAUGAUGUCAAAGAACUGAUCAAGAAACUGAAUAUUAUUCCUUCUAUCAUCAAAAAACUGGUAUCAGAAGAUGAUGUUGUUGUCCAUGAAUUUGCCACUCUGCUUUUGGCACAUCUGUCCAUGGACAUCGCAUGUAAGGUUCAGAUCAUCCACCAUAAUGGACUGGAACCUCUCAUUUAUCUUCUGUCCAGCCACGAUCCUGAUGUAAAGAAAAAUUCAGUGGAAUGCAUCUAUAAUCUUGUUCAGGAAUGUUGUAAUCUGGGGGAAGUGCAUAAGUUGAACGGACUCCCCGCUCUGCUGGAGCUUCUGGGCUCUGAAUUUCCCAUCAUUCAGCAGUUGGCUCUGCGCACUCUAGAGAGCAUUACAACAGACAGAGAAACUCGUAUAGGACUCAGAGAACAGGAAGGACUCGCUCAACUCUUGGAGAUUCUCAGAAACAAAGAGUUUAAUGACCUGCAUGUGGAUGUUCUGAAAAUCAUCUCAAACUGUAUGGAGGACAUGGAGUCCAUAGAGCUUAUUCUGGGGAAUGAAGGCAUGAAGACUUUGCUGCAAUUGAUCAUGACACCAACCGAUCCUGAUGUCCAGGCUAAUGCGAUUAAAGUUAUCAGCAGAGCAGCACAGAGUUGUGAAACUCGAAAUAUCCUGCGUCUGCAAAAUAUUGAAACGGUCCUCAUUGAAUUGCUUGCAGUGGAGAAUGACAGCAUACGUACUGCUGCAUGCCAGGCAGUGUCAACCCAGGGCAGUGACCCGAGCAGCAAAGAGACUUUCAGACAACUUGAUGGGAUCAGAGCUAUUGUGCAGCUGCUGAACAGUGAGGCAAAUGAGGUAAAAGAGGUUGCAGCAGAAGCCUUAUCAAGCCUUACCUACAGAAACGACCUGAAUGCACAGGCUGUUUAUGAAGCAAAAGGAGACGAGCUUCUUGUCCAGCUCCUGCAGAAUGGUACUCCUACAGCAGUAGUACAUGCAGCAGCUGUUCUGACCAACAUGGCUUCACAGGAAGUGCUUCGCUGUAGCAUUCUCUCCCAGGGAGCCAUUCAGGCACUGGUGAAACUCCUACAUUCCACUGAUAAACCCACCCUCAGUAGUGCCACCCAGGCUGUAGCUGCACUCGCCUGUGAUGCACAGGGAAGGACUGAGUUCAGAAAUAUUGGAGGGCUGCCUGAACUGGUUAACCUGCUGAAAUCAAAGGACUUUGAAAUCUGCAGAAAUGCAUGCUGGACACUGACUGUGUGUGCUAAUGAUGAACCAACAGCCACAGAAAUGUACAGAUUAGGGGCUCUGGAGAUCCUUCAGGAGAUCAACUGCUCACUGACCCGUCAGAAUCAGUUCAGUAAAGUAGCCCAGCAGAAGCUACUGAAUAGUAGCCCCUCAAUAAAAUACAGCCUUACAGGACAGCUCUUCUGCACUGAUAUCAUUACCGAUGGCUUCUAUGAUCCAGGACAGACCAAAGAUGGCCACAGGGUUCCUGAUCUUGAAGAUAUAGCAAAGCAGGCUAUCAACCAGCACCGAGCCGUCAUUGCAGUUAAUGGAACCUCCCCAGCUGAGAUGAGUACUGAUUCAGCAGAAAGGCGGCAGCAGGAGAGUCCUACAGAAGUUCGCACCUCGCCUGUAAUGAGCAGCAAAGGGAGCAUCAGAGCAAUUAGUAAAUCAAAGGGAAAAGGAGGGCAGGAGGAUGAGAAACAGAGGUAUGAGGAAGAAUGUAAACCCCAGCAGGAAACAGCAGUAGAGAAGCCGUGGACCCUGCCUUAUGACGCUCAGUUCAAUAAAUUGAUCAAAGAAACAUUCAAAUCUGUCGUGCCCUUACAAAGAGAGGUGGAAAUGUACACUGCCCUGGCUGAGUUGGUGAGUGAUGCAAUGGGGGGGCCGGUAGAUAUUGAGAAACAACAUGAUUUUCUUUGGGAGCUUCAUCUGAGUGAGCUGAAGGUUGAGAUGCAGUCAAACAUCAUUCCCAUCGGCAAGAUCAAAAAGGGAACUUACUACCACAGAGCCCUACUCUUCAAGGUGUUGGCAGACAGGAUUGGCUUGAGCUGCAGUCUUGUGAGAGGACUCUACAAUCGUGCCUGGAAUGAAGUUUUGGUCCCUUUCCGCACCACGACAGCACCUGGAUCUUACUAUCAGACUUACAUCAUAGAUCUCAUGCACAAACCUGGAACGCUUAUAGAGUGUGGUACACAUACUGCUAAACAGUACCAGACAAUCUAAAGAUACAAAACUUUAAACUCUACAGCUUUCCUAUAGCCCUCUCUUCUCUAUAGAUCAUCUAUGUAGCCUACUUGUGACCUUUAAACUAAUCCUGUCCAAUGAACAUUUAAUCCACCCACUGUACUAUGUUGUAAUAACCCACUGGUAUUUCACAAUGAUGUUGGCAUAACUGAAUUGAAUAUCUUUGGUCUUAAAGGGAUAGU